AUUUCUUAUCGAGUGCAAUGAGGGCUGCUCUGUUCUUUGUUGCUGCAUUGGUCGCAGUUGCGGCGGUAUACGGACGACCAGAAGAGUCGACCACUGCCGCCAUCCAGGGUGAGGAACAGCCGUCCGCCACCAUCCCGUCUGUGAGAACAUUGGUGGCGGCGUCGUACGCGGAAGAAGACGACGAUACCAUUUGUGUCCAGGCAGACAACAAGUUCUACUUGUAUGCCAAUUCACUAAAGCUGUAUUCUUGCUACAACCUACUACCGAAGGUUUACGUGGUGAAACCAAAGAGUCUGUGUAAACCAGUCCUGUCCGACUGUCCCAAGAACUAGGAGUAUUGCAAGUGUGUCGGCUCAUCCUGGAGGAGCUGACUCAUCUAGGAUUGAGUGAAGACGAGAUGGCUGAGCUGUUGACUGAAGACAUCAACAAUUUUCACAGAAAGAAGUAAAUUCCAAGAGUGCAGAACUUACCUCUUUCACUAGCAAGAAAAACUGGUGGAAUCAACAUAUCUUGUUUUGUGAUACUUUCUGAUUGC